AUGAUGGUGAUCUCUUUCCCUCUGGUCCUUCCGCAGGAACCUCUUGAAAGCAGAGAGGCGUCUUUCCCUUCCCUUCCCUUCCCUCGGCGCAGCUUCUCCUCCCCGCCACCCCCGCAGGCAGACGCCGGGUCGCUCUUUGGCUGCGGAGGAGCGCCAGGGAGGGAGGGAGGGAGGCAGGGCAGGAAGCGGGGGUUGUCGAUGGCAAGUCCUUUGACUCGGUGCCUCCUUCUCGUGCCUCCCGCAGGUUCCCAAGCAGCCCGUUCCCCGGCCAUGAAGCGCUCCCUCCGCAAGUGGCUGCAGUCCGGGGAGAAGAAGGCGCGGACCUCCUACGAGGGGGUCGUGUGCGAAGCCGACGCCGCCUCCCUCGCCUCCCAAGACGUCUUCAAGGUAAUCUCGGAUGGGAGUACCUCCCGGCUGCGAAGCUUCAUUAAGAAGAAUCGUGAGGGGCUUAAGAAACUGGAUGAUCUAAAUGCCACUCCAUUGCAUCAUGCUGCAGGACAAGGUCAACUUGAAUUAAUGCAAAUGAUUAUAGAUUCUUCAUCUGAAGCAUUAAAUGUGACUGACACAUCUGGAAAUACACCGCUACACUGGGCCACAAAAAAGAACCAGAUUGAAAGUGUUAAAUUACUUCUCAGUAGAGGAGCCAAUCCAAACAUUUUGAAUUCUAAUAUGAUGGCUCCACUUCACUUGGCUGUGCAGUCCCUUCGCAAUGAGCUAGUUAAGAUUUUUGUUGAACACACCACUACAGAUAUAAAUCUGGAAGGAGAGAAUGGAAAUACACCUAUCACAAUAGCAUGUUAUAAAGAUAAUUCUGAAGCACUCAAGCUUCUGAUAGAAAAUGGUGCUAAGAUAUGUAAAGGAAACAGUAUGGGUUGGAUGCCAGUCCAUGCAGCUGCAUUCUCCGGUGCAAAAGCAUGCAUGGAAAUUCUUAUAAAAAGGGGUGAAGAGACGGGCUAUUCCCCUGAAAAUCACAUCAAUUUUACAAAUAAUGGGAAGUGUACUGCCCUUCAUUUAGCAGUUCAGAGUGGAGACUUGGAAAUGAUUAAAAUGUGCAUUGAAUAUGGAGCACAGAUUGAUCUCAAACAGAAUGACAAAUGCACAGCCCUUCACUUUGCUGCUACCCAAGGAGCUACUGAAAUACUUAAAUUAAUGAUGUCAUCUUAUACCGGUGAUGAACCUAUAAUUGAUGCUUUAGAUGAAAAUAAGGAAACAUUGCUUCACAGGGUUGCACUAUUUGAUCACUAUGAACUGGCAGAGUAUCUGAUAACGAUGGGAGCAAAGAUUGAUAGUGUUGACAUUGAGGGUCGAACUCCUCUACUACUUGCUACUUCAUGUGCAUCAUGGAAAAUUGUGAAUUUGUUGCUCUCAAAAGGGGCAAAUGUAGAAUUAAAAGAUCACCUUGGUCGUAAUUUUUUGCAUUUAACAGUAUUGCACCCUGGAGGAUUAAAACAUCUGAAUGAACAGUUUCUGAAGAUGAAGCAUAUUAAAGAACUUGUAACUGAUGAAGACAAUGAUGGGUGCACUCCGCUGCAUUAUGCUUGCCGACAAGGCGUUCCACUUUCAGUCAAUAGUCUCCUUGAACUGGAUGUUUCCAUCUAUUCUAAAAGUAGAGACAAGAAAUCUCCUUUGCAUUUUGCUGCUAGCUAUGGACGAAUCAACACCUGCCAACGACUUUUGCGAGAUAUGGUAGAUACCAGGCUUUUGAAUGAAGGAGACAAGAAAGGGAUGACACCUCUUCACUUGGCUGCUCAAAAUGGCCAUGAGAAGGUGGUACAGUUUCUCCUGAGAAAAGGUGCCCUUUUCCUCUGUGAUUAUAAAGGAUGGACAGCUUUGCAUCAUGCUGCCUUUGGAGGUUAUACUCGCACAAUGCAGAUAAUUUUGAAUACAAAUGUGAAGUGCACAGAUAAAGUGGAUGAAGAAGGGAACACAGCUCUUCAUCUUGCUGCCAAAGAGGGUCAUCCAAAAGCAGUUAGACUGCUUCUCGAUGACAAUGCAAAAAUACUCCUGAACAAAUCUGAUGCAUCUUUUCUUCAUGAAGCCAUACAUAAUGGACGCAAAGAAGUUGUGAAUGCUACCAUCUUACAUAAACGAUGGGAAGAGUCCAUGACAACAUUUUCUCAUUAUUCAUCUGCAAACAAAUGUGCUAUUCUGGAGAUGGUUGAAUAUCUUCCUGAAUGUUUAAAAUUAGUUUUAGACAAUUGCAUGAUUGAAUCAUGUGAAGAAAAGACUUGCAGAGACUUCCAUAUUGAAUAUAACUUUCGAUAUCUUCAGUGUCCAUUGAAGCUUACCAAGCAAUUUAAAGAAGGUGAUGAAAUAAUGUACGAGCCACUUCACAAUCUAAAUGCCAUGGUACGUCAUAACCGUGUUGAAUUGCUCAGCCAUCCUGUUUGUACAGAAUAUUUGCUUAUGAAAUGGAUGGCUUAUGGGUUUAAAGCACAUCUAAUGAACCUUGCUGUGUAUUCCCUUGGUUUAAUACCUCUAACCCUCCUGAUCGUCCACAUCGAAAGACCAGAACCACCUUACAAUGCAACUGUUAAAUCAGGACCUUUUGGUAAAAAGAAUUCAUACUUCAUAAAAGUAUGUAUGUGUUUGGUUUUUAUCAUGAGUGUUUUUGGAAUCUGCAAAGAAAUAGUACAGCUUUUCCAACAGAAACUGAGGUAUUUGCUGGAUUAUUCCAAUCUCCUUGACUGGAUAAUUUAUACUACAAGCAUCACUUUUGUAUCAUCUUUAUUCAUUAACCUCCCAGCUAAUUUACAGUGGGAAUGUGGUGCAACUGCUAUAUUCUUGUCUUGGAUGAACUUUUUGCUGUACCUACAAAGAUUUGAAAAUUUUGGAAUAUAUGUUGUGAUGUUUUGGGAGAUUCUAAGGACUUUGAUCCGGAUUGCGAUCGUGUUCUUCUUCUUAAUGUUAGCCUUUGGGCUCAGCUUCCAUGUUCUUCUUGGUUCACAGGAAGCAUAUGGCACUCCAUAUCUUUCUGUAAUGCAGACCUUUGCCAUGAUGCUAGGAGAUAUCAAUUAUCAUGAUGCUUUCCUUGAACCAAUGUUGACCAAUAAACUGCCUUAUCCAUUACUGAGCUAUAUCAUUCUUAUAGUGUUCACUCUGCUUAUUCCAAUUCUUCUUAUGAAUUUACUGAUUGGUUUGGCUGUUGGGGAUAUUGCAGAGGUACAGAAAUUUGCUGUGUUGAAAAGAAUAGCAAUGCAGGUCAAUCUUCACACAAACUUGGAGAAGAAACUGCCAUAUUGGUUUCUCAGCAGAGUUGACCAAGAAUCAAUCACUGUUUAUCCUAAUAGGCCAAGAUACUGUGGAUUCAUGAGUGUGUUUCAGUAUUGCUUUGGAUGCGAUGAUAGAGCAUCAAAUGUGCCCAGCGCUGACACUUCAUUAGAGCUAGAAGUAUUAAAACAGAAGUACAGACUUAAGGAUAUUGCAACACUCAUGGAGAAGCAGCAUGACCUCCUUAAGCUGGUUGUACAAAAAAUGGAGAUCAUCUCAGAAGCUGAAGAUGAAGACACAAAUGAUUUGUUCCAACACAAAUUUAGGAAACAGCAGUUGGAGCACAAGAACAAUUAGACUGUGGCAAUGUGCUUGCUCUGUUUGGUGUUUGAAGACAAUGUGGAGGCUGAAGCUGUUACAGAACGUAGCAACCCAGGUACUGACUAGUAGCAUUCAUAGGACUUGCAUCCCUCUAGUCCUAAAGAAUCUGCAUUGUGUCAUUUCCAAAGCCUGGUUUGAGCUGUUGAUUUAUGAUGUCUUAAAUAAAUUGCAUCUUAAGUGCCUGAAAGAAUCCCAACUUCAAUUGACCACCUCAGGUCUUAAGAUCAGUAGCAGAGACACAUCUACCAACAAUGUUAUCUGUAGAUGUUAGCUGAGAAAUGAUGUCUGAAAGGUCUUUACAGUUCUGGUGCUACCUUCUAAGAUGCAUGUAGCAUCUGCAUUACAUCUAAUCGUGUUAAUCAAAACUAUCCCAUUUAGCUCUUUGAAAGUGAACAAAAGAUGUGAAAAUAUGCAUUUCCUCCCUACACUUAAUCUGUAUAUCAUACAUUCAUUUUUCAUUUUACAUAAAUUCAUUUUUCAAUUCUGGUUUUGUAUUAGGAACAGGCAAAAUGAGACCUGAGGGCGAAAUGUUCCCCCCAGUCUCAUGUGGUACAAACAUUUUUCCAAGAUCCCCACCCACCCCACACACAUGUGAAACUCCCCUGAGACUCCACAGGGAUCAAACAAUUGUUUUUACAAAAUUUCAUUGCCCACAAAUGCCCUCUAUGAGGGAAUUAGGGGCACAUUUCACCACAUUUGGGGAUAACCCUUUCUAGUUUAGGCCAAAGAGAUGUCUUCUUUUGAAGAGAAAGUGCUUUCCUUCAAUUCCUGCUGUUAAAAAAGAGACUCUCCUAUGCAUAAAUUGGCCUAUAAAGGUUCAAAACAUUGUAAAAUAUGCCCCCAUCCCAUAUAGAGCAUCUGGAUGGAAGUUAGAUUUUUUUUUGAAGGAGCACGUCUAGUGAGAUAGCAGCCCUCCUUCUGCACUAGCUCACCCUUGAUUUAUAUUUUGUUAAUGUGAAUAUAUUUUAAAUCUGGAACUACAAGCAGAAGGUGGGCAAUGAAAACGUGCACACACACACAAAUUCCUGUUUAUAUUUCCCAUAUUCAGUUGUCUUCUUGUAGCUGGGAUAUUGAUUAUUUUUCAAUUGUGAAUAUUUAUUUGGAAUAUAUUUCAUUUUCUAACAAUUUAAUACAUUUUGUUUGUUUAUUGUCAUUUUUGGUAUGUUUGUUUUUAUUUCUGUAUUUGAUUGCAAUGCAGACACACACUGACUUCUGAAAGCAGUAGCCUUAAUUCCAUUGUUUAUCCUUUCUAAUGUAGCCCCACUAAAUUAACGGGAAUUUGUUAAAUCACAAUUAUGUAAAAUUCAUUGUGCAUGGGUCCACAGUAAUUGGAAUUUACCAAUUCACAACCGUUCCUUUCAUGGUUUUUAUGCAACUGGUACCAAAAAGAAGUAAUGGUUGUAUUAGGCACCAAAUCAGUCAUAUUUCAGACAGUUCAGAUAAAAGAUCUUCAUUGUUUAAGCAGUUAAGCAUGGAGUGAUAUAUCUGAGGCAAUGGUUCUCAACCUGUAGGUCCCCAGAUGUUUUGACCUCUUCAACUCCCAGAAAUCCUAACAGCUGGGAAACUGGCUGGGAUUUCUGGGAGUUGUAGACCAAAACACCUGGGGACCCACAGGUUGAGAACCACUGAUAUAAUGGUUCUUCCACACCGCCAUAUAACCCAGAAUAUCAAGGCAGAUAAUCAACAGUAUCUGCUUUGAACUGGGUGAUAUGAGUCCACACUGCUAUAGAAUCCAGUUCAAUGUGGAUUUUAUACAGCUGUGUGGAAGUUUGGCAAUUGGAUAGUUUCUGUGUCCUGAUUCUGAAUGGUAGUGGAAUGCAGUGGAAUGUCUCAGAUAUUUUUCUUUUCAAAGUUUUCCCAAUAUCUCCUCUUUUUGCAUAAAGACUCUGUAACUUUUCAAUCUGCAUCAGUUUACUAUGCAGUGCCACUGGUCAGUUUCAGGAAUGUAUGUUAUGAGAAAUGAAGAAAGUAAUAAUAAAUACCCUAAGAGCACCAAUCCUGUCUUAUUUUGGAAGCUAAGCACAUCAGCCCGAGUUAGUACUUUGAUCAGGGACCAUCAAUGGAUAUCAGGUGCUGUAGGUUAUAUUUCAGGGGAUGGAAGGGGCAAACUCACCUCUGAGUAUUAUUUGACUAAGAAAACACUAUGAUAAUCAUGGAGUUCUUAAACAACAUACAUAAUGAAAGAGAUGAAAGCCAGAGUGUCAUAAUGAUUUAAAGGCUGGACUAAGGGCCCUUCUACACAGCCAUAUAAACCAGAAUAUCAAGGCAGAAUAACCCAUAAUAUCUGCUUUGAACUGGGAUAUCUGAGUCCACACUGCCAUAUAUUCCAGUUCAAAGCAGAUAAUGUGGGAUUUUAUUUAGCUGUGUGGAAGGGGCCUAGGACUCUAGUAGAACAGGGUUAAUAUCCCUGCCAUUGAAACCUAUUGAGUGAGCAAUCAUGCUGAUUUCGCCUCAAAGGAAGACAAUGACAAAUCUCCUCUGAACAAAUUUUGCCAAGAAAACUCAAUGAUAAGACUUACACUAUGGUAUCCAUGAGCCAGAAAUGAAAUGAAGGCACAAAACAAAAGCAGAGAUAGAUUAAGUGAAAGGAUGUUUUAUUAAUCUUUUCCUGUUUAUUUUAUUUUCAUUCAUUGAAAUUAGUUCAGUGUUGGAGAUAAAAGUGCAAUUCUAUACAUGUCUGUUCAGAAAUAUGCGCCACUGAGCUCAAAGGAGAUUACUCACAAGUAAAAUCAACUACCUUUCUACAAAAAGAAAGUUAUCUAGUAAUACAGACAAUACAUACUGAAGUAUAAUAGCAUAUUGAAUUUAAUGUGGGUAUAUGUUAAUUGUUCGAUGUGGUUAUAUGUUUAAUAAUAUGACCUUCUAAUUCUGCUUGGUUCAAGACUUCUUCAGAUUUCUCUUUACUUUCAUUCCAGGGAUGGGCUUUGUUGUAUAAAAACUUGCAAGAUGUCACAAAUAUAUACACUGGAUAUAACAAUUGAGUACCCAUUAAUCAUUGUUGGAAUUGUGUAGUGUUGUACCUGUUUUAGAAUCAGCUCAUAAUAAAAUUGCUGAUUUCUGUAUGUCA